AGAGAGAGAGAGAGGCACAUGGGGUAUGAAAUGAGGGGGUGUUACGGAGGAGGAGAGAGUUUUGUGGGAACAAAAUAAGACGGUGAGCGCAGAGGACGAUAGUGAGCAAAGCCUGCAAGCGGUGCGAACAGAGAAAGAGAAAGAGAGAAGGAAUAUCUCAAGUAUCCAUCCCCAAACCCAUCCAACAGAGAUGAUGUCACUGUACAGGAACCUGGCCGUGCUUCUUGUUCUCCUGACCUCUGGUUCCUCUCCUCCUUUCAUCCUCAACGCCCAUGCUCUUCCCACUCCCAUUCCUCCCAAACAACCGCGAAUCAUGACUCCCAUUGAGUUUGAUGGUGACUAUGACUACUAUUCUUCUCCCAGCGCAACUCCCGUCCUCAUGUAUAACUCCGGGCCCUGCCAGUACAACCCCUGCGUGGAAAAUCAGGAGCCCUGCAUCAGUCUUUCAGAGCGAACUGGGUGCCUCUGUCCUGGAGUCAGUGGGGCCGACCAGCCCCCUCAUGCUCCACAGCUUCAAGCGCUGGUCCCGGUCAGUGAUGAGGGUGGCAGUGGGAAGAUAGAGGUCCAGUGGUGUGCCCCUUCCUCGGUGGUAACUGGGUACAGAGUGCUGGUCAAGGGAUCUAAAAGCAAACCACUGGAGUUUGGUGACACAAAGCGACGGGGAUUGCUGGGGUCUUUGGAGGCUGGAGCCAGGGUGUGUGUGGAGGCAGUGAACAAGGCAGGACACAGCAUCGCAACAGAGUUCUCCUGCCAAAGAUAUGACCCCCCCGAUUCUUCCAACCAAACACUGACAGGGGGGGUUAUAGGGGGAGGAGUGGCCAUCCUCCUCCUCCUCCUCCUCACCGUGACAGCUGUGAUCCUCUGGAAGAGGAGAGCAGCAAACAAAGGACAGACGGAUCCAAGUGAGGGGCUGGGGAAUCCUUCUUACACCAAAGAUGGAAAACAGUGAACCAGAGCGUUGGAGUACAGACACCAUCCGUCCCAGCUGCAGCGACAGGUCCCUCGAGACACCACGUCAUACAGCAACAAGCUGACGAGCAACAAAGCUACAUAGGACUCAAAAAACUCUAGGGGGACAGUGCCAUAACCAGUCAUAAAAUGUAUAGGUUUUUAUGCUCCUGUUUCAAGGAAUGUACAUUACUCUGUACUGAAAUAUGUUUUUUAAAAAAGUAAAGAAAAAGAACUUUGCAGUUUGUGGAAUAACACUAACAAAUGGCUAGCAAUCGUUGGUUUUGUGCCUGAAAAAAACUGCAGGUUUAUUUGCUGGCAAAUUAACUUCUGUAGGUUUACAGUGUUUUAAUCAUAAAGUAGAUUAAAUUAAUUGUAAGUAUUAAACUUUAAGAUAUACUGAUAUAAACUUUUGUAAUGAACUAAAGCCUGUUUUUAAUAAAAGUGUGUAAAAUGUC